AUGGUGUGCCGCCUCGGCUGUCUCUAUUCCUCCUGCCCCUUCGCUCGCUGCUGGGGCUGCAAUGGGGGUGUUGCCGGCGAGGAAACUUCGCAGCUGCUGCGUGAGCAGGCGCCGCUCUUCCUGCAGCUCUGCCACCUCGUGCCGCAGCUGCGCCGCCUCCGCCUCACGCCGCUCCACACAGCGGGCCUGCUCCGCCAGCAGCUCGUCCUUGCACUGGAGCGUCUGGAGGAUGCGUUCUGCCAUGUCAUCAUCGCCGUCGCCGUCGCCGUUGUCGGCGCCGUCUGUGUGGUCUGCCUCGCUGCCACCCCACUGCGCAACAGCAACACGCGUGUGCCCAUCGUCUCUUGCAACCUCUACCACGGCGCUAUUUUCGCUGCCGCUUGCCACAGCCCCAAUGCCAUCACCCACAUUGCUAUGGCUGCUGCUUCCCGCACGCGGAGGAAGAGGCAGCGGCUGCUGUUUCCGCCUAACGAUUCUAUCCAGCGAUGA